GCAAGAAGCAGAAAACAAAUUUUCUGACGUUUCGAAUAACCUCUAAAUACGAAUACGAUACAAACAAUCCACGAACUUAUCGAAACUAGUGCCUUUGUCAUAUUUGCUUAAUGUAUUGACUUUUUAAAUGAACACAAAUAUGUUUUCAAACUAAAUCACUAUCUUCGCAAUGUACACGUACUUUUGGUUCCUGCUGCAAUACUACGUGCGCCCCAUUUACAAGUGGUUCCUUCGCAAAACCACCGGCCUUUGCGAGUUACAACGUAUUUGCUACGGCGAAGUCAGCGGAGCACCACGCACCCGCAAUAUAGAACGCUCCCUAAGUCUAUCACGUUCGAUUCACGUGAAACAAUUGAUCAAUCAUUUGAAUGAUGUGGCUGAUAAUCGUCGUUUCACAGGCGUCAAUGAACGUGAGAUCCUGCAGGGCAGUGUGAGUACUGUUUUGGCUGUGAAAAAGAUAAAUCCACGCAUACAUUAUCAGUUUGUAAAGAGUUUUGGUAAAUGUAUUGAACAAAUCUGGGGCUACAGGCAGCUCUUAUCUGAUGUGGAAGCACUUCGAACUACUCAAUAUGAUGCUGAUGAUCCAACACAUGAAGAGAAAUUACAUCUUCUUUGGCAGGCAUUGAUGCCACAGGAGGCACUUGAAUCAAGAAUAACAAAACAAUGGCAAGACAUUGGAUUCCAAGGUGAUGAUCCAAAGACAGACUUUAGAGGAAUGGGUUUGUUGGGAUUAGAGAAUUUGUUGUUUUUUGCUCAAGAGUACAAAGGACCAGCAACACAUGUUCUCUCACAUUCCCAUCAUCCAACAUAUGGAUAUGCAUUUGCAAUUGUAGGCAUCAAUCUGACCAGUAUGGCAUGGCAGCUGCUGAAGGAUGGUAAUGCCAAGACAUAUGUGUACAACACUUCUAAGAGUCUGCCUACAAUAAGAUUGUUUCAUCAGUUUUAUUGUUAUUUAUUCUAUGAAUUUGAUCGUUACUGGAUUGAGUGUAAACCAAAGAAUGUGAUGGAGUUUUCCAGCAUCAAGCAACGAUUUGAGGAGAAUAUUAAGCUCAGCUUGCAGGAUCCAUCAUCUGUGUUCAGGAUCAAUGUUUCUGUUGAUACAGUCUAGUACCUGUUUAUUUGAUCUGAUUUAAUCAGGUGUGAACUUUAGAUGUGUACUUAAAUUAAUUACAAGACAUUUGCCAUUAGUUUUAGUUUAUGCAUGUGUGCAUAUUGAAGUUUAUUUAUUGACAGGUGUUUAAUUGUAACUAAUUUCAUGAGAUGUAUUGUGCUCUCUUUAAAGAGUUUUUGUGAAAUUAAGGCUGCUUCUACUUGGUAAACUCAUUGAAAAAGAUAAAUAUAAAUAGAAGGUAUAAAUUCCAUUUUUGGUUUGAAAACUAUGAGAUGAUAAACAUUUUGAAAACCCGCCACAAGUCUAACUUAAAGACUUUUUCUACUGAUUCGCACAGUUUCAAAUGUUUAUUAGUAAUUUAUUGUUAAUUAAACUUACAACAUUUUCCAGCCUACACAAAAUAGCCUUCAAAUUUUUGUAGCUAUCACUUGUAUUUGAGAGGAAUAAAUUGUUUCUGCAAAUAAA